AUGGGUAUUGCCAACAAGGGAUUCACCACCCUCCCAGCAGCUACGCUCCGCCGAAGCGCCUCGAGGGAAGCCACGAACGCAAUUGCUAAUAUCGACGACCUCAACGAAGGCUUUGACGAUCUGCUGCUCGACAACGAUGCUGAAGUUGCCGAUGAUGUGGGUGGCGAUGACAUGACUCCUGUUGUUCCUGACACUGAUGAAUACGGUUCUGACAUCUCAGACUACGACAGUGACGAAGAAGCAAAAAACAGUUGGGAGGGCGAUGAUCAAAAACGUGGAUGA